AUGGUGGAACGAGCGGUUUGCGUCUCGCUAGACCAACUAGACACUACUUCUCCCGGCAGUGAUUCGCCUAUCUACGCCGCAAUGAGGGCAAAUGCCACUGUCAAUAUGGCGAAUCGCAUGGGCGAAGACAUGAGCUCACUUGUGACUGUCGAGUAUAGCAAAGCUAUUGGCAAAGUCAAAGCAUCGCUUGCAGACCGGGAGUUAUUUCUGAAGGAUGAGGUUUUGGCAGCUGUCUGGUUGAUGAGCAAACGAGAAAUGUUUGUCGGACUGAAAGGCUCAGCUUUGUAUGCCUAUGACACUCACUACUCGGGAAUGCUUACCCUUUUGCAAAUGCGCGGACCCCGCCAGCUCGAGACCGAAAGAGGGCGGCAGCUCUUCCAACUCUUUCUUGCACCGUUGAAUUGGGGCCCUCUACUCACACGCCAAGCACCUUCUCAGCAGUACCUAGAACUUGAAGCCUUGAUGAUCAAGACGUCGCCAUGUUUCUCUGACACUCUAUUACAGAUUCACCGGUACUACCACGAUGUGUGUACAUCUCUUACCAAACCAACACGCUCUGCGGAAAUAAAACGGCUGGAAGAGGAAUUCAACAGGCUCAACGAAUCCCCACUGGUCACUGCACAGCCCGUGUCUGACAGACCAUCGUUCAUCGACGACCAAGCACUAUGUCUCUGGUAUUUCCGAGGAUGGAUCUCGUUUUUCUACUGGAGCAAGUUGCACGUCGCACGCAUGUACCUACAUCUCUCCCAAAUUCAGCUUCCUGCAUCUCGAAAUAUCUUCCACCAAAGCCUUCGAAGUUUCCUCGGUGGCUUCUCGUACGCUCUGGGGGACGUCGAUGAUUUUGGCAGAAGUAGGUCUGAGGCGACAGCCGCAACUCGGAACGGCAGGCUCAAAGAAAGCCGUGGAAUCAACGUUCUGGGUGCUUUACACGUUCAAGCACCCUUGAGACAUCUGACCACAGAUCCUAAUCUAUAUCCGCCCGAAAGUCGUGGAGUUUCAGCAGCGUUCUCUAGGCUGAACGCAGAAUUCCGGUUGUGGUGA